CUUACUCCCCCUGCUGAGUAGGCCUACUAUUCGAAACGAAGGGUAUGUAAAUUAACUUGGCUGCAGUGACGUAAUUUGAACAAAAUGGAUUUACUGUCUGUAAUUGCAAAUAUGUCAGGACUUCUUGGUCAAGCACAGAGUGCCCUUUCUUCUACAAAUAUAAAUAUACUGGAACAUUGGCAUAUUAGACUUGAAAAUAUGAACAUUUUGUUCAGUGUUCUUUUGAGAAGGUUAGAAGAGGCAAAUAUUUCACAAGAUAUUGUUACACCACUUACAGGUCUGUCAUCGGAAAUAAACCAUCUUUUUGUUUCUUAUGAUGAGAGAAUCAAUCAUGUGAUUUUUAAUCCUAGAGGUUAUUCAACUCAUACCCACCAGACUGAAGAAACUUCUGUAGGAAGGCCAAGAGUUGUAAUUAGGAGAGAGGACAUUCAACAAUAUUUUGAGAUAUUUCGUAGUUGGAAAAUUGUAGCAUAUCAUCUUGGGAUUUCUGUGGAUACACUACGCAGAAGACGUAGAGAAUAUGAUUUGCCUGUUUCCCAACCAAACUUCACUAGAAAUUGGUAUUCUGAAAUUUCAAUGGAUGAACUUUGCAAUGAAAUCCGACUAAUACUGAAUGUGUUGCCUGAUGCUGGGGAAACAUUCGUUAUUGGCGGACUAAGAAGAAGAGGUAUUCAUGUACAAAGGUAUCGCAUUCGUGAUGCGAUAAUGGAAGUUGACCCUGUCAAUAGAUCGUUAAGGAGAGCCAGAUCUGUUAUAAGGAGGAUGUACAAUGUUGCAAGUCCAAAUAGCUUGUGGCAUAUUGAUGGCCACCAUAAAUUGAUACGUUGGAAUUUUGUGGUCUUUGGAGGAAUUGAUGGGUAUUCCCGCAAAAUCGUAUACCUGAAAUGUUACACUAACAAUAGAGCAGACAGUGUUUUAAAGCUCUUUGAAGAAGCUGUUCAGAAACAUGGCCUACCAUUACGAGUUAGAUCUGAUAAGGGAGGAGAGAACGUUCUUGUGGCUCAAUUUAUGCUGUGUAAUCGAGGUUUGAAUCGUGGGAGCAUGAUAACAGGUUCAUCAGUUCACAAUCAGAGGAUCGAACGAUUGUGGCUAGAUGUAAAAAAUACUGUAGUCAAACAAUUCCGAGGCAUAUUCUAUUACAUGGAACAUUUGGGAGUACUUGAUCCAUUGUAUGAAAUACAUUUAUACUGUCUUCAUUCAGUCUUCUUGAAUGUCAUUAAUAAUGCAUUGUCAGAGAUGGCAGGUAAUUGGAAUGACCAUCCUAUGAGCAGUGAGCAUAACCUUUCACCAAAUCAACUUUGGCACAUAGGAUUAAGUAACUAUGCAGUUAGUAACCCAGAUGAAUUCAAUGAAAUGAUUAAUUACAGUUAUGGAAUUGAUGAGGAUGGUCCCCAAGUUAUAGGUGAUGAUGAUGAAAUUGUUGUACCGUAUAUACAAUUGCCAUUGAGUGAAGCUCAAGAAAACUAUAUACAAGAGUAUGCAUCAACUUCUAAUAUUAUAGAUACAGACCAAUGUGUAGAAGUUUACUGCAAUUUAGUUACAAUAGUGGAAAGAAUGUUGCAUCCAUGAGUUAUGUCUAAAUAUGUAGGGAUUUCUGACAGCUGCAAUAAAUAAGAACCUUCAAAACAUGGUUUCUCUUUUUUUUUUUUAUUCAACUACCAAGCCAACCUUAGUUGAUACAAACCUUCUCUAAGGGGUCAUUCAACAUUAUCAACAAUUUCACAAGUGUACAAACAGUAUGCUAGGGGGAGGGGUAGACAGAAUUUGAACAAAAUGGAUUUACUGCCUAUACAAUUGCAAGGAUGUCAGGACUUCUCGGUCAAGCACAGAUACAAACAUAAAUAUACUGGAACAUUGGCAUAUUAGACUUGCAAAUAUGAACAUUUUAUAAUAUUCAGUGUUAUUUUUAGAAGGAUAGAAGAGGCAAAUGUUUCACAAGAUAUUCUUACACCACCUUUUUGUUUCUUGUGUUGAGAGAAUCAGUUCUGUGAUUUCUAAUCCUAGAAGGAAGUGGAUACCGAAAAAGAGUACUAUUGGUACACUUGUGAAAAUGUUGAUAAUUGUGAACGACCCCUAAACUACAUAAACUGUAACAAAAACUAUUCACUAUUUUAAUAUUAUGCCUUGAACAAUGAAAUGCAGUUGUAAAAAUGAAUUUGCAUACUGUAUUUCUGAAACAUGCUAGAAGCAGAAAAAGAUUUUAAAACAGAUAAAAAAGAAUCUUUUACUAAAUUCUAAUGUAAAAAUUACGGUUACACCAGUCUUAUGAAUUUCUAAUUCUGAUUGCAUGAUUGAUUGUAAUUGCAUGUGAGGAUUAGAUUAACAAAUAACAUCCAGUUAAAUUAAAUAGUGUGUAACUUGCUGUUCAACACUGCAAAACUUCAAGGCCCACAAAACUAGUUUCCAAAAAUAAAUAUUAAUUUUUUAAUAAUUUAUAUUAAUACAAUACACCAAAUGCCCUUGAAAAGUACAUAUAGAGUUGUCAUUUUACAUUUCACUAUAUAAUAUAUUUAUAUGGCAUUUGAUUUGAUACUGCUACAAUAUUGUACAACAUGCACUGCAAUACAGUACUGUUUUCUUAUUAGCAAGAAGUAUGUGGUAUCAUAUGCAAACAACCAUAAACUGUUUAUUAUUAGCAAGAAGUAUGUGGUAUCAUUUGCAAACAACCAUAAACUGUUUAUUUCUUGCUUGCGCUAUAUACUGUACCAUAAAAAUACAAAGGAAGAAAUAUUUACCAUUAAACAUGCAAAAUUUGUUGAAAGGUGGCAAGAGACUUUUUUUUAUGUCUCUUGCCAAUUUUAGCUUUUGAAAUUGGGGCCGAAGGUGAUAAUCACAUUUAAUCAACAAAUCAAUCAUAUUCAGCAACCACUGACUUUAGAGAUCAUUAACAAAAUUGUAACAGGAAAAAUUCACUAUUGUGCCUUGAACAAUAGAAAAUUAUUAGAAUACAUCAUCUUAAUAUCCUUACAAAUAACCAUCCUAUUACAGUAUAUUACUUUCACAGUACAGUAUACUUUUAUAAACACAUGGCAUCAUCACAUGAAUCAAUACUUGAAAAGGAAAUUAAAAUACUGUACUGCAAUACAGUACUGUAAUAUAAAAAAAGGAUUGAAAUUUUUUUUUUCUAAAACACUGGAAACAGAACAAUUUUUUAACAAAAUGAUAUAAAAAAAAUGUAAUGUACAGUAAAAGGCAUUUGCAACAUCUUUGUAACUAUAACAACCAGAUAACAAUCUAGGGCUCUAUUAUAUACAUCAUACACUGUUGCUACACCAGUCUACCUACUGUCUGUGUUAGUGUGUAACAGUGCUGUUCAGCACUGCAAAAGUUGGGCCCACAAAGUUUUCAAAAUUAAAUAUUAAUGGUUAUAAAAUAAAUAUACUUGCUUCUUUUUAAAU